AUGUCCUCGUUUGACGAUGAAGAAGAUCAUCUACCAGUUUUGCCAACAAUUUCAGCUACACCAGAAGAUGAAUAUCACAGAGGGAAUAACAACGGAAGCGGUAAGUUUGAUGUUUUAUCAGUUGUAAAGCCUUAUUGUUCUUAACAUGUUUUUCUUGAGUUAAAAGUGUUAAACAAUUAAAUUAAGUGUAAAAUUAAUAAAUUCAGACGUGUUCUCUGAAUAUGUGGAAGAUUUGGAGAAAGGAAUCCCAGAAGAAAAGAUCUUCAAUUUUGUGUACGAUUACCUGGUAGGUGAAGGGCUUGGUGACGUCGCUAAACUAUUGUCAGAAGAAUCAGGACAACCAAUGCCUCCAGAUCUAAACAUUGAGAAGUUGACAGAAAGGAAUCAGAUUAGAGAGGCGAUUCAGGACGGCAGAAUCUCGGAAGCCAUUGACAGAAUCAAGGAGUUGUGCCCAGGGAUGCUGGAGAGUGAUAAGGAGUUUCACUUUGCUAUUCUACGACAGCUUCUAGUUGAGGUUAUUAGGAGAAAGUGAGUUUUUUAUGAUUUUUAUCUAAAUUUAGGUAUUAUUCAUGAUAGAGAACGAGUAGUUUGACUGAAAUAAUGUUGGCAUUAUUGAAGGUUUUGUGUGUUUAUGAACCAAAUAAUGUUUUCUGCUUUUCAGGGACGAUGAAGAAGCUCUAGACUUUGCUCAAAAGUACCUAGCUGACAAAUGUGACGACAACACUUCUCAAGAGCAGAUGACACUUCUAGAGCAAACGUACGCCCUGCUUGCAUUUGAGAAGCCAGAAGAAUCGCCAUUUGGACAUCUGAUGCACGAGAAUCAGAAACAGAUGCUUGCUCAUGUUGUGAACCAAAGGAUAUUGGUGCAUCUGGGUGUGACUCCACAAACAAGGUUCGAGAAGUUGAUCAAGAUGAUGGUCUGGAAUCAGUGUCAGAUUGCUGGGAAAGGAGACUUGGGCACGGACAUUAAACAAGGAGUGAUAAACCAGCAAGCGAGGGAUCUUUUUGAACAGCCAGAAGGCGGAUACAUAGAUACUCCAGAGGAGUCGUUGUAA